AUGCAGAACCAGUGUAUCUUCGGCGCCGAAUUCUUGAAAGCGAACGGAAUGGUUGUUAACAUUGCACAGGAACUUUUGUCAUGGGACUCGGGGGAGACGCGACUGCUUAUUGAAGCAGCUGCGCCAACUAUCAACAAAUUAUCGGUUCUGCUGGAGAAAUAUGCAGACGUGUUUGUAAAUGGACCGGAUGAUCCUUUGGGACGGACUAAUGAUGCUGAACAUUCUAUUGACACUGGGGACAGUCGACCAGUCAAACAACGACCAUACAGAAUAUCUGUCCAUUUAAACAAAGUGGUGAAUAAUCAAGUUGAUGAAAUGCUUGCUCGAGGUCUCAUUAGGCCAAGCGACGUACAGCCCGUGGUCCUCUCCAAUUGUAAUGGCCCCCGUUUAAACGCAGUUACCAGGAAGGAUGCGUUUCCAAUGCCGCGAAUAGAUGAGAUCCUUGACAAACUCGGUGGAGCACGCUUCUUUAGCACGUUAGAUUUGGCUUCAGGCUACUGGCAGGUCCCUCUGAGAGAAGAGGAUAUUCCUAAAACCGCGUUCACAGUUGGCUCAAAUCAUUACGAGUUUACUGUUAUGCUCUUCGGCUUGACAAACGCCCCAGCCACCUUUCAGCGAAUGAUGACGAAACUUCUCCAUGGGAUGAGCGGCUGUCUGGUAUUUAUCGAUGAUAUCAUUAUCUUUGCUGACACCUGGGAGGAACACCAGAAAAUUUUGGAAGAGGUUUUGCAUCGAAUCAAAGCAGCUGGCUUGAAGCUCAAGGGAACGAAAUGUCAGUUCGGACGUGAAUCGGUUCAGUUUUUGGGACAUAUUGUAUCCGCAAGGGGAAUCCAUCCGAACCCAGAGAAAGUCCAAGCCGUACAAGAUUUUCCACACCGUCUUCGUUGUCGGAUGUCAGAGCAUUUGUGGGAAUGGCCUCCUACUACCGCAGGUAUGUCCGUAAUUUUGCGGAUAUCGCCGCUCCUUGCCUUGCCCAAUUUUAUGAUUCCUUUCACUGUUUACACUGAUGCUAGCGAUUCUGGUCUUGGAACAGUGUUGUCGCAACGUGUUGGUUCCAGCGAAUAUGUCGUUUGCUAUGCUAGUCGGUCAUUGACAUCAGCGGAGAACUAUUCAACAACUGAGAAAGAGUGUCUGGCCAUUGUGUGGGCCAUUCACUACUGGCGUCCCUACCUACUGGGAAAGGCGUUUCAAUUGGUUACCGACCAUCAAAGUUUAACUUGGCUUCAGGGACUAAAAGAACCCAAAGGUCGCUUAGCACGUUGGAUCUUAACCCUUCAAGAAUAUGACUUUGCCAUCGUACACCGCCCGGGUCGUGAGAACAGUAAUGCAGAUGCACUUUCACGGUCUCCUCUUCCAACUACAGUCGUCAAUCAUCCUCAUUUACCGGAUGAGGAGAUCGUCAUCUGGGUUAGACCCACCCUUAUUGAAACCGAAUGGUCCCGGGAAGAGAUUUGUCAGGCACAGCACGAUGGGCAAGUUUGGAAACAACUGGAAAUAAUUGACGGUGUUUUGCAUCGACGCGUAUCAACAAGUGGUUGGAAAGAUGGUCUCGUCCUCGUAGUUCCUCGGAAAAUGCGUGCGGAUCUGUUGCGGCUCUCUCAUAAUGAUCCUAGUUCUGGGCACAUGGGUGUUAAUCGCUGCGUCGAACGUUUGCAGCCGUGGUAUUACUGGCCUGGAAUGACCAGCGAGGUGCAUCUGUGGGUUGCAGAGUGUGACGUGUGCAACCAAAGAAAAUCGUCGUCAGCAUCCCACCGUUCCCCCAUGGAGAACAUCCGAGUAUCUCAACCAAUGGAGUUGUGGGCAUUAAUGGACAUCUUAGGACCCCUUCCAACAACAGCACGAGAGCACCAAUAUGUUUUAGUGAUGAGUGACCACUUCACUAAAUGGGUCGAAGCAGUCCCAAUGGCUGAUCAGAAAGCAGAGACGGUAGCUCGUGCGUUUAUUGACAACGUAGUGUCUCGACAUGGCGUUCCUGUGAAACUCCUCACUGACCAAGGUAGAAACUUUGAGUCGGCCGGAGCUCAUGAAAGAAGUAUUCAAGCUGUUGGGCGUUCACAAGUUGCGGACAUCACCAUAUCACCCACAGACUGA